AUGCAAGAUUUCCUAAAAGAUAUUAACAGUGCUGCAAUAGCAAUAAGAGCUUGUACAUAUGCCAUUCCCUUGAUUGCUACACAUAGUCCUGUGAAGAAAUAUAUUAUUAUCUUUUACAUUGUCCUCAUUUUAACAACUUGUUCUGUACACGCAGUUCCUAAAAGUGUUAAAAGACAUGAUAGCAAUGAAGGAACAUGUACAAAUUUUUGCAAAAAUUCCAAAUUGCCACCAGUGAAUUUUUCAUCAGAACAACUUACAGGAUUUUAUUAUAAUAGAGUUAUUUCUCUUAAUAAAAGUACUAUUUUUGAAUUUAAAUUUGUAAAUUUUGAACCUGGAGCAGCUUCCAAUAAAUCCACAGAAUUUGAUAAAUUUCCACAAGCAAUUAAUGGAGAUGGGAAUGUUAUUGGUCAUUAUCACUUCACUAUACAAAAAAUACCAUCACUAGAUAAUGUACCUGAUCCAACAACCUUUGCAUUUUUUACUCUAAUAAAUUUCUUACCAAACGCAACUGGCACUUAUCAAAUUUCUGUUCCUGGAUUAACUAAAGAAGGAACCUAUAGAGCUUGUACAUAUACAACAGCAAAAGCUCACCAAUGUGUUAAUGUGACAACUGGUGAUAGAGGACCAAUUGAUGAUUGUAUUCAUUUUAAAGUUGAAAAGAAUUAA